ACGGCUCCUAUUUUUGGCUGCCCGGAGACUUUUGGAUAACAGGCGUUUUCGCCUCUGCGCACAUUCGCGAAGACCCUGUCAAUGCGGGAGACGCAGCCAAGGUUAUUUAACGUGCACGCCCCUAGGCAACUUGUACCCUGCCACCAAGUUGCCGGCGUCCUGGCCCGGGUUCGAACCCGCAACCUUGGGAUCAGUAUGCGGACAGGAUUAUUAUCUGCACGGGAUGUUAGAAUUCCGUAAGGCAGUGUGACAUCCGUAUAUGUAGAGAUGGCAUCCAUCGAUGACCUGCUCGUCCAUCUUGGCCCGUGGCACUAUGGUAUAAUGAUAUUCUGCUUCUUACGCGGGUUUCCGACGGCUUAUCACGCAAUGGCACCAACGUUCGCGGCUCCAUCAUUACAUCACUGGUGCGCCAGACCCCCAUUUCUUUCCAGCUGGGACACUGAGCGGUGGAAAGCACGCGGCAUUCCUCUAGUUCACGAAGGGAAAGGAAGGCCGGCCUCCAGCGGUUGUGAGAUGUACAUAGCUCGAGUCACAAACGGGGAGAUACAAAUAUCGAACGACACAACUGUUCGCUGCUCCAGCUGGGAAUACGACCUCACGGAGAACACUCGUACGCUCACAGAUCAGUUUGAUUUGGUCUGUGACCGCAUCUGGCUACGAGCUGCGUCUCAGAGCUUGUACAUGGUCGGUGUGAUGGCUGGCAGCUUCUUCUAUGCCCACAUAUCAGACUGGUACGGCAGGAAGACCGCUCUGACCUGGACGCUACCCAUGCCACUUGUUGCUGGAUUUAUGUCAGCGUUCGCACCCUCCUUCGAGGUGUACAUUGUGGGUCGCAUCCUGGCAUCCUUUGGAUUCGGUGGCCUCUACAACACAGGGUAUACGCUGAUGAUAGAGUGUGUGGCUGUGAAGCACCGUGCGAUGGGAACCUUCCUGGUCAGCGUCGGUUGGACAUGCGGUCUCCUCGUACUCGUAGGCUUUGCGUGGGUGAUCCGUGACUGGUUUUAUCUACAGAUUACCAUUUCCCUCGUCGUUGUAAUCAACCUUGUGCUCCUAUACUUUAUUACCGAAUCUCCACGAUGGCUUCUCGCGAUGGGAAAGUUUAAAGAAGCACGAAAGACACUAAACCACAUCAUUGCCACAAACAAGAUCAAGGGCUACUCGGCAGAGAGCAUUGUGGACAAGUACAGCACGAUGAUGGUAAAGGAAGAAGUAAAAAGAAGAGUCACUUUUCUUGACCUUUUCAGACCCUCUCUUCGUUGGUCGUCCGUCAUCGUAACUUUGAUGGGCAUCUUCGACAGUCUCGUGUACUUCAACCAGACGUACAGCAGCAUCUUACUUGGCCGCGACCCGUACCUGAGUUUUGCGCUCACCUCGCUGUCGGAAUUGCCCGGGUGGAUCGCGUCCGUGUUCUUCAUAAGAUACGUGCGCAGGAGGACCACAUACAUGACGAUGUACGCAGUUCAAGCUGCCGGUUCUGCUGUUAUCGCUUUUAUCACCGAUGAGCUAUGGUGGCUACAACUGUGCUUCGCCGUCCUCGUCAAAUUGGGAGCGACCUGCACUCUGAACGUCAUCAUCGUGCAAAUAUCAGAGAUCUACCCUACUGAGAUCCGAACCUUGGCUACCGGCUUUACAAUCACCGGGAGUACUCUAGGGGCUAUGGCUGCUCCCUUCGUAAAAGAACUGGGAGUGAUGUUUGCGCCGUGGAUUCCCAGGGCGGUGGACGUGGUGGUCUGUUUACUCCUCCUCUUCCUCGGGAUCUCCCUUCCCGAAAGUUUUAAUGCGGAACUCCUCGACACCAUGGAACGCUGAGAAAAGUGCUUCGACAAACAGGGAGCAACUUUGAAAAUGGAAGUGGUCGUUGCUGACGGAGGCUUUGAAUUUGCUCUGUUCACGCUGCACAGAAACAACAACCCUGUAAUAUCAUGCACUCGAAGAGAAGAUCAAGGGAAGGACAGACUUUUGAGGCAAACUCGGAUGCGACAAACCGUCGACUUUUCGGUCCGUUGGAGCAUAGAAUUGAUCUGUCUCGCAGAAGGUGUUUUCUCUGGGACGACUAAGUUUGUAUACAUUAAAGCAGUCAUAAAAUAUA